UAGAUUUCUGUGUUACCGACAAUAUUCAAAAAUGUCAAAUUUAUACGUUUUUGACACGGAUAUGUUUGCAAACAGUGAAAUAACGAUUUAUUUUAGGAAAAACUAGUAAUUGUGUAUGUGAAUUUGAUUGAAAACCCACCAAAAUGGAAGAGGACAGCCCUGAAAAUGCGGUACAAAAGUCCCAAAACCCCGAAUCAAAAGUGGAUGUAGAAACUUUAAAUAGCACGGAUUCUUCGCUUUCUUUGUCCCUCAGCAUUUCCGAGCACAUUGAAAACGAUCGGAGCUUUCAGGAGAUUGAAGUAAACAACCAGAGUUUCUUAAACCUAACUUUAAAUGAUGAUGUUCGACUAUCACAAACGUCAAACCCCUUUUCCUUGAAUAACAGUGAACGCAGCGUGAGUGUGAACUUUAAAAACAGUGCUGAUGAGAACGUUGAAAGUGUUUUAAACGAAAUAUUAAACAAUCCUGACUUUAAGUCUGCCUCAAACACUCUUUCCAAUAACUCCCAAGAAGAGAGUUUGAAUAUAUUCGCCAAUCUCGAUUUGGACGAUAAAAGUUUAAGUUUGUUCCGGCAAGGGGAUUUGAGUGAUUUGAACGAGAGAAAUAAAGGUGGUGAUAAUUAUGGGGAUGUUGUUAAGAGAAUAAAGGAGUUUGAGGAGAUUUUGAACGUCAAGGAUACAGCAAUACAAGCCUUAACGAGCGAGUUGGAUUCUUAUAGGGAGAUGAGCAAUACCAAUACAAUGAGCAUAAUUUCCACAACUGAAUAUAAGCAAUUGCAGGAAGAGUGUCAAAAUAAGCUCCUCGAAUACAACGACGCAAUUUUGUACAAAAACGACCUGAUUCAGCAGCUCAGUGAGUCUCUGGAUCAAUCAGUAUUAGAGAGAAAGUUACUGCUAGCUCAAAUCGAUAGUUUUAAGGAUGAAAUUGCUCAAUUGCAAGGUCAGCUUGAGGUGACCACCGAAAUGGUCAAAAGUCACCAAUGUAGCAAUAACAAAAAGACUGAAAUUAACGAGGACGAUGCCGAUUCUAGUCAAAAACAAAUUGCUCAACCCUUUAGUUCCAUAAACUACAAAAGUAUUGAAAGCAGCUUAAACAAUGAGCAGCUAAGUUUAUUUAAAGAUAUUAAAUGCAAUGUUGACAAAUUCAUUGAACAACAAUUAGAAGAGAAAAAAAUCGCCAAUGAGAAGGAAAUCGAAAAUAUAAAAUCGGCAAUGUUAUCAGAAAAGGAAGAAUAUGAAAGUGAAAUAAAAAGGUUAAGAGAUAUGUUGGCAAACAUUAAAUGCGGUUCCACUGAAAUAAUGGAAUUAAGGAAUGAACUAGAGGCUAAAUACUCCAAGGAAGUGGAGGAAUUGAGAACGUACUUUGAGAAAAAAUGCUGUGAUUUAGAAAAAAAUUAUUCCGAGGAAGUAUUCUCCCAACACAGCCGAAAAAUGUCGGGUAGCUCCUGCUCGGAGAACGAACUGAGCUCGGACGUGUUUUUUGGGGCAGUGCCGGGCCCUGGGGGGGACGCGCCCCCCGACCGAAAACCCCUUGCCGAAAAGGACGUCCACAAGCUCAGGGAAGACCUUCGAAGCAUACUGAAGACCAUCGAAAAUUGCGACUUGAAGGAGGAAGAUUUAAAUUUGCUGAGAGACGAUUUGAGCAAAUGUUCCAUCAGUGAAAUCUUGAAGUAUGAUGUGAGUUGCGCAAAGGAUCUGCGCAAUAAAUAUAAUGCUGAGUUAAUAAUUUUGAGCGAGGAGAAUGAGAAUAAGGCCGACGUUAUGAAGGUGGAGUUCGAGAGGAAGUUAAAGGAUUUAGAAGAUAAAUAUGAAGACGAAAUUAGGAAUUUAAAGUCGCAAGUUCAGGUUUAUAAUGUUUCAUCCUCAAUACAAGAAGUGGCAAGCUCUGGAGAUUACGAGCUAAACGAGGUUGUCGAAAGUUACGAGCGUCGUUUGCAGGAACAAGUAACCCUCGCUAAAAUCGACAUCAUAGCGGCCCUUGAAAAUCAGAUACAGCGGCUGGUGGCCGACGAAUCGGACGACGACGAGUGGCCGUCGGAGCUUCUGCAACUCCGCGACCGCUUCGCCGACAAAUACGAGCGGCAAAUCCUCGAGACGCGCUUGCGGCACGAAGAGGAAAUGGCAGCGCUCAAAGAGGAGCACCUCAAGGCUCUGAACGGCGCGCUGGAGAGGGCCAGAAGGAGGAGCUUGAGGGACAGCGACAGCCUCAACAAGGGCGAGAUGGAGUUGUUAAAAGAAAGGGAUUCCUUGAGGAAACAAACGGUUUCUUUGAGGAACUUGUUGGGCGAGUUGUUGAAAUAUUUCACGCAGUGUGAAGACGAGCUGAAUAACACUUUGGUGGAUGAACUUUUGAAGCAAGGAUUUGAGAAGAACCUGACCCAACUCGAAGACCUAAACGAUUCAAGCGCCACCACGUCGAGCAAAACCGACACCAGUAGUUACGUUAAAAGGGUUCACCUCGCGCCAAAUUUCAGCGAUUUGAUUGGUUUAAUUGAGAAACAGGUUAAUAGCGAGGCAGACGAGUUUUCUCUGGACGCCUCUACAGAUUUUAAAAACGAACUUGGUCACUGCCUGUUCAAGCUCAAACAGGAUGCCAACGCCAUUUUAGCGCUUACUAACAACAUACCCAGAGCGGACCUAAUGGACUCGCCGAGAAAAUCCCUGGACGAAAAAGUCACCUCCCUGACGCGCCAACUGAUCAGCGAGACUCAAACCAAAGAGAAACUGAAACAGGAACUCGAAGACGCAACCAGCGUCAUCGCCUCGAUGGAAAAGGAAAAAUACCAGCUGGAAAACGAGCUGGAAACCAUAAUCCUCAAAGACAAUCUGCUCGAAUCCGAUUUACUCAAAGCCAAAGACAAGAUAGCAGAGUUGAUUGAAAACGGGCACAAGGAAAUCGUUUCGGUGGGUUACGGGGGCGGCGAGCAAAAGGACUUGGGGGAUGCGAUGCAGAAUUUGCUGGAUCUUCAGGAAAAGGCCAGAAAUGUUUUGGCCAAAUCCGUGGCAAGCGCCGAUCCGGUGCUGCUGAACUUGAUCGAAGAUCUGUGCAGGGUGUGCGAGGUUGUCAAGGAAGAACACAGGAAGGAAAAAGUCGACUUGCUCCAGCAAGUUUGUGUUGGUACUACCCACAGUAGUGAAAAGAUCGAGGCGGCCGACAAAAAGUACCGUCAAACGAGGCAAUUCCUGGACGAGCAGGCGAACGAGCGCGAGGCGGAACGCGACGAGGCGCAAAAAAAAAUCGACAUGCUGCAGGAGCGGCUCCGCGAGCGGGACAGGGACCGGACCAGCUGUCAAAGAUACACUUCCGAGGUUGAGCACCUAGAAUCCCAAAUACAAGACCUCAACAGCGCGCUAUCCGAAGAGGUGCGGAAGCUCAAGGAGUCGGAGUCGGAGCGCGACGAGGCGGUGGAAAAGAUCAAGGUGCUCCGCGAGAUAAUUCGCGAGCUGGAAGCGCAGACGGAGAGCUGCCAGACGGAGCUGAAGAGCAACUUGGAGACGAUCGAGAAGCUGCGAUGUAUGAUAGAGUCGCAGAACAGGUCCUUGGAGGACACGCAAGCGACGCACUCACUGUUCGGGUUUUCAGAUGUGCAGGAGCUGAGGAGGCACGUUGACGGCUUGGAGGGGGAGCUGCAGCAGCUGCGGGUCAGUUCGGAGUUGGCGGGGAGCGAGGGCGCGGCCAGCAAGGUGAGGUUGCAGCUGCAAGAGUUGGAGGUGGCGUUGGAGAGGAAGACGAAGUCCUUGGAGGGGUUGUAUUGCGGAACGAACAACAGUUGUAGCUCGCCCAGUGAGGAUUUGUCGGUGAGGGAUUUGCUGCGUCCCCACACCCCAAACAGCAUGGUCUUCGACGACUGCGAAGUGCCGCUGGCGCAGCUGGCGCGCCUCAAGGAAAAACUGGUCCGCCACUCGCGCGCCGAAGACGCGGCCAUAAAAAAAAUCCGCGACCUCGAAAUGCAGGUGUUCAACCUCAAAAGCGACGUCGAGGAGAACUGCGGCGAAAAAGAGACACUAAAACGUCAAAUACAGGAACACUUGGUGCUGAUAUCCGACCUGCAGAUCCGCCUGGACGAGCAGCGGAUACGAGCGGAGCACAACGAGAAGCAGAUCAACAACUCGCUCGAGGUCAAAAUUUACGACCUACAGAGCGAGAUCGCUAACUUGAACGAGUUGUUGCAGAAGAAGGACAAGAAUAUAAACCACUUGAGUGGGAUCGUCGAGGAAACCAAAAGGCUCCUUAAAAGUCAGGAGCAGGAACUGUUAAACCACCAGGACGACGAAAUGAUCGCCUCGAUGCAGAAGGAGUUGGAGCGAGUUAGAGUGGAGAACCUUCAACUGAAAAACAAGAUGUCGAAGGACGCGCAAAUGCUGCCGAACUUGGUCGAAAACAUCAUAUCCGACAAGAACACCGACAUAGACAAGCUGAACGACAAACUAGCCGACACGCAGAGGAAACUGCAAGACUACACAUCCCUCAACCUGGAUUUAAAAGAGUUGCAAACGUUAUCCCACCUGAAACAGUCAGGGAACUCUCUAACGGAGAUUUUGUCCCUGAUAGACACCUCGCAACCGGAUCAGAUGCGUUACCUGUACGAAAGCAAAAACGAUUCGCCCGCGCCGGAUUUUAAACGCAACAAAAACGAAACCGUCUUUUUAUCCUGCGAACCGGAAAUCUCUAGAAUUGAAAGGCUGCAACCCGUACCGCUCUUAAAAUCAAACUCGACGGAGUUGUAUAAAUCCAUGGAGAAGCGAGUGCACUUCGAAGACGACAUGUUGGAGAAGUUGCAAGGGGAGAUUAAAGUCAAGGAAGAGGUCAUCAAAGAGUGCGAGCAACGGCUCUCACACUUUGAAGAUCUAGAACAAAAAAUAGAAAAAUUACAAACCGCUCUGGAAUCAACAGAAGAAGCCCUGAACAAGGCGCAGGAAACGUUCGAAACAGAGCAGAAGGAGGGCCACGAAAGAGAGCAGAAUCUCCGCUUAGAAUUGGCGGAGAAGAAAAUGAAACUCUCAGAGAGAGAAAAGGAGGUUUCCCUGCUCGAAAAGGACUCCAACAGAAAGGACCAAAUGCUUCUGGAUUUAUCGAGGGAGAAGAAAGACUUAGAAAAAGAAUUAACUCAUAUAAAGCACGAAAACUAUCAGACUGUUGAUCGAGUAAUAAACGAGAAAAACGAGGAAAUUUACGAACUUCAGCAAAGAGAAAAAGAAAAUGCAGAGAAUGUGGUUAAUUUAAGGAACGAAAUAGCCAAAUUGAACAGUGCCUUGCAGGAAAACCGCGUUAACUUGGAUAACGUCCUCACGUUAAAGAAAAAAUACGAGGAAGAAACCGAGAAAACCGCCAAGUUGGAGAAGGAGAUUGCGAAUCACAACCGCAUCGUGAACGAGUACAAAACCGAGUUCGACAACCUGAAAUCGAAAAUCGCCAAGAAAAGGGAAAAACUGCACGAUCUGGAGAAAACGUGCAAGACCCACGAGGGUGAAAUAAAAACGCUCAAAGACGAAAACAAGAAUUAUUCCAACCUGUUGCUGGAUAAAAACUGCGAAAUCGAAAUACUGAACGAGGAUUUGAAACACUACCAAACAAAGUGCAACGAGUAUGAGGAUCAAAACGGCCUGCAAUCGAUGGAGAAGUUGCAGAAAGUCGUCGAUGAAAAAGAGCAAAUCAUUCUCAACGUGAUGAAGAAAAACGAGGAGUUGAACAACGAGUUGUUACAUCUGCAGGAUCUUGUUGGCAACAAGGACAAAAUCAUCGAUAAAAUAUCCGAUGAUCACAAAAAAGUCAACGCCAACUUGGUGACGAUACAGAACAAAUUUCGCGAAGGGGGAGGUUUAAUCGAAACACGCCACAAACUAAAGGAGGAGCAAAAGAAGAACGUAAAUCUACUAAACGAACUGCACACGUUGAAAGCGCAAAUGAUCAACGUUGAAUCAAAGAGAAAUAUUAACGACGUCGAGGAUAUUGCCAGUAAAGUUAAACGGGAGUUGGACUUGAGUGCGGAGCUGGAUUGCAAUAUAAUUACCGCGGUGUCCGAUCAAAGUUUGACGUCCAUUUCCGAUACCCACGAUUUAGAGAAAUUAAAGGAAGAAUUAAAUAAAGUGAGGGCGAAAAAUAGCGAGCUAUGUCGGAAGAAAAAACUGCUGGAGAAAGAUUUGCGCGACUCGGAAACCAAACUGGAAGUCUCCGAGAACGCGAAGCUCUCUUUGGAGUCCCAGCUGGAUAUAAUGAAGUACAACCUUCAAAAAGUCCAGUUUGAAGAUGCCAGAUUGAUAGAGCAAAUGCGGUUAAGACUGGAUACAGCCAUGGGCAACGAGGAGGAAUUCGGGAGGAUUAUAGACGAAGAAAAGGUCGUGCGAAAGAAUCUGGAAGUUGAGCUGGAACACCUGAAAUUCAAGCAGAGCAACUCCAAAACCGAGUCGACGCAAUACAAAAACCUUCCGAGUAACGAGGAUAAGUACCGCAACGAGCUCAAACUGGAAAGGGAAAAGUACGAGAAGGCGAAGAGAGCUUUCAAGCAAUCGGAGGCGAGCAGAAAGGAGGUGGAAAAUAAUUUGAAUUGCGUGAAGAAGAUGCUGGAUUUGGAAAGGGAACGCACCCACUCCAUGGAGGAGAGAUUAAAGUGUUUGGUGGAAUCUGAUAGGGAGUUGAAGGAGACCGCGAGAAAGAGCAAACUGCAGUUGGAGCAGAAAUUGUGGGAGAUUGAGAGACUCAAAGGAAACGUGUCUGAACUGCAAAAGGAGAAGAACAACGCGGUAUUAAACUCGACGAACCCAUUUUUGGAGGAACCAGUCCACGAAAUCGUUAUGAACAAGAUCCGGGAAAUCAACGGCUUGCUGCUGGACGACAAGGCCAUGGUGGACCUGAUCAACAAGUUGAGAAACGAGAAAGCCCAGGUGGAGAGAGAAUUGAUCAACUUUAAGAGCAGGAAUCCGAACUUGGCCGAAAACUCCGAUCUCAAAAAUAGGUGCGAUUUCCUGUUCGCCAAGAAUUUGAAGUUGAACAGCAAUAAAAAGGCUUUGCUUUAUCAGAAGAGGUAUUUGAUGAACGUUAUUAACCAUCACGAGGUUCGGUGUAAGGUUUUGCUUUUGGGAACUGUGAAAGGUACAAAACCAACUGUUGGAAGGCCGAAACUUAAGUUUAGAUCCGUCGUGACCGCCGUCAUAACGAUCUUCCGCAUGCGAUACAUGGUGCGCCGUUGGCGCAGCGGCAUCCGCGCCACCUGCGCACUGAACUCGCGCUACUCCAGCGGCACGGGCGGGCGCCCGGAAACCACUGCGCGCGCGUCCCUCGCCGAGCCGCUCGACUUCCACGUCGGCCAGCCAGUCUCUAAUUCGAGAUUUUCUGCGGGCACGGCCUAUCCCGGAACCUCCAAGGAGGCGAAGCCGGAACCGGAAAGCGCCAAGUCCAACGUGUCGUGGUCGGGGAACACCCCGCCGCAGAAGGAGAGGAGGGCUGCUGCCAUGAGGAUAGGAAACCAUCUUUUAAAGCAAGAAGACCUCCAACCGCUUAAAGCACCUCAACUUCUAGCGCAAUUCGUGGACAGAAUACACACGAUACAAGAAACCAUGGGGCUAGCUUUAGAUUCGGACAGCGACGUUGUCAUUAACUAAAUAUCGUUUAUAUAUUUUUGGUUAAGUUUAUUUUACAUUAAGUAUUAUUUAAUGGCAUUUAAUAACUUUUUAUUUAUUUCUUAUAAUAAUGACUUUGUUUAGUUUCUAUUCUAGUCCAACGCAUUGAAUAACUAGUUUCACUCAGUUUGUUUUAGACUAGAUAAACAUGUGUGCCUUUAAGAUUAAAGUGCCAUUUUUACCGUUGAAGUGAUAUUUAUGUAAAAAUAGGAACAUGAUACUUGCCCAAAUAGUAGGUUUAGGAACUUUUGUACUUAUAUCAACCAUUGUUGCACAAUACAUUUUUUAAGCAAA